AUGCGGCCGUCGCCGGCAGCGCCUGCAGGCGACCCGCCACCAUCGCGGCGAAGGGCGGCAGCGGCGGCCGCCGGCAAUCUACCAUCUGGCGGCGACCCCUCUCCGCAACCCCCCGGGUCAGGGGGAAGAUCCCGCGGCGCGCGGCAGCAGUCGCGGCUGCAGGCGCGGCAGCAGCAUGAGCACGGCUCACCGUCCCCGAUAGAAGCCUCUCCGCUUGGAUCAACCGGCGCAGUAGUAGAUCUGACGGGCUCGGGGGGAACUACAGCUGCUGCUCGCGGCGCAGGAGCGGCGGUGUCCCCCUCCCCGGUCUCCGGGGAGGGCAGCGCGCGGAGGAAGCGGGGGAGGCGGGAGCUGGACGCGCUGCUUGGCGCUGGGGGAAAGGGUGGCGCGGACAGUCCCAGCCAAGGGGGGAGCCCGGACGUGGAAGGAUGGGAGGGCCGGCGGAGCAUGCGGCGUUUCAGCGGGGAAGGGGGAAGGGGAGGGGGGAGGACUGCAGAGAGGGGCGGAAGGGAGUUGGGUAGAGAGGGUGAUAUGGCGGCAGAGGGGAAAGCGGGGAAGGGGGCGGGGAAGGGUGACCGGAAGGAGAGUGAGGAUGGGGGGGGAGGGGUGGAGAGCGAGGAGGAGAGGGAGGGUGAAGGGGAGGCGUGGGCAUUGAGGGGGGCAGGUAGAGGAGCUAUUGGCAGGGGAACAAGGGGAAGGGGUAGAGGUGGGAAAGGAGGGGCUGUGGGGACGAGAGGAGGAACCGGGCGGGGGGUAGGAGGGAUGAGAGGGAGGGGCCGAGGCAGCGCGAGAGGGAGGGGACGAUGGGGACGAAGAGGGGCAGAGGGGCGCGGAAGAGGUGAGGGGAGGGGAGUGAAAGAGGUAGAAGAAGAGGAAGAAAAGGAAGAGGAGGAAGAGAAGGAUGAGGAGGAGAAGGAGGAAGAAGAGGAGGAGGAAGAAGAAGAGAAGGUGGAGGAGGAGGAAGAGGAGGAGGAGGAGGAGGAGGAGGAGGAGGAGGAGGAGGAGGAGGAGGAGGAGGAGGAGGAGGAGGAGGAGGAGGAGGAGGAGGAGGGAGGGGUGGACGGGGGAGAAGGGGGUGUGGAUUUGUUAGGGAGUGAAGGAGGAGACGACGAUGGGGACGAAGGGCGUGUGGGGAACGAGAGGAUGACGAGGAGAAGAGGGAAGUUGAAGGGUAAGGGCGUGCUGCAGGCUGGGGGGGUGAAGGAGGUGAUAUUGGGGGGGGAUAAAGGAGGGAGUGCGGAGGAGAAAGAGGGUAGAGAGGGUGAGAAAGAGGAACGGGCGGAAGAAGAUAAGAGUAAGAAAGAAAAGCAGGAGGGUCGGGGAAAUGGGGGGCGUGUUGAGGAAGGCGCCGAGAGGGGAGAGAAGAGUAGAAAGGAUACUGUUGGGGUUGUUGAGAUACAGGGAAGUGCAGAGCGGGUGAGAAAGGCAGGAGGAAGGUUGAGAGGUGAGGAAGAGGUAAAAGAAGGUGGGGUGAGUGUGGAGGGUGGAGUUAGUGUGGAGGCUGGUUUGGAUGAUCUGAGGGGGGGUAGGUUGAGGAUGCGCAGAUGGAGUGAGGUGGUGGGGGAGGGUGGUUGGGGUGGUGGAAGGAGGGAUGUGAGGGGGGAGAGAGGCCGGGAGAGGAGAGUGCGGGGGAGGGAGCGAGGAGCGAGAGGGAAGAGUGCAGGGCGGUGGGGCGCAAGGGUGGUGCGUCCUCAGCGGCGGGUGGGGAAAGAGAAGGUGAGAGAGAAGGACAGGGUGGGGGAAGGGGAGGGAGACGAGGAAGGAAGUGAAGGGCAGGAUGAGGAGGACGUGUGGUUGAUUCCGAGUGGAGAGGAAGAGGGAGGGGAGGUUGGUGCAGAUGAUGAGGAAGAGGAGAAAGAGAAGGAGGAGGAGGAGGUGGAGGAGGAGGAAGUGGUUGAGAGGGCAGGGAAGGAGCAGAGGAGCAGAGGAAGACGAGGUGGGGAUGAGACAGCAGAGGAGGAGGAAGAUGUGGAGGAGGUAACUCCGGUGAAGAGUGGUGGGGAGGAGGAUGUAGAGGAGGAAGAGGAAGAGGCAGGAAUGCGUGAGGAUGAUGGGAGGGAGAGUGCAAGCAGGUGGAGGGGCAGGGAGAAGAGGAGGACGAGAGGGAGAGAGGAAGGUGUGAGGCGGGGAGGCAAGUCAAAGGCAGUUGGUGAAGCGUCAGGAGAAGAGGAUGUGGUGGAAGCUAGGGAGCAGCAGCAGCAGCAGCAGCAGCAGCAGCAGCCGCAGCAGCAGCAGCUGCAGCCGCAGCUGCAGCCGCAGCCGCAGCCGCAGCCGCAGGAGAGGGGUAUGGGUGUGGUAGAGAGGAAGAUGAAGGGGUUUGAGGGGCGCGUGGGGAUGAAGAGGAGUGGGACGAGGAGUCAGACUGGUGGCAGCAGGCGUGGUGUGCCUGCUGCUGCUCCCGCUGCUGCUGCUGCUGCUACUGCUGCCGGUGAUGAUGGUGAUGCUGCUGAAGUGGGGGAACGUGGGGAAGGAGAAGUGGAAGAGGAGGGGAAGGUGGAGGCAGGAAGAGCAGGUGAGAUGUCAGGAGGUGAAAUUGAAGUGAGGGUGAUGAGUGAGGGUGGAGAGGCGGGAGAGGGGAGGGGUGUGGUGGGCGGCAGUGGUGGGCGGGUUGGUGAGGUGGUGCAGGAAGUGAGUGUAGAUGUCGAUAUGGUUCCUGAGGACAGGACGGGAACAGAGGGAGGAGCAGGAGAAUUGAGAGAUUUGGGAGUAUCGAGGGCGAUUGGAGGGGGGAGGAGGGGAAGGGGCGGGAUGAGAGGCACGAGAGCGACGGGAGAGACGGGAGGGAUGGGAGGGACUGGAGAGGCGGGAGGCGGUCUGUUGCAUGUGAUACAGAAGCCAAGCGAUGUGGUGAUGGGACAGACAGGGAUUGAGGCAUGCAGAGGUGAGGAGAAGGGAGAAGGUGCAGAGGAGAAGGGAGAAGCUAAAGAGGAGAAAGGAGUGCAGGGGAGGACGGGGUCAGGAGAAGGUAUGAGAGAGAACGAGGAUGACAGAGCGGGGGAGAAGGGAGAAGGGAGAGUGGCAAGGGGAGGUGCGGAGGCGGAGUUUGAAGGGCAGAUACAGCGAGGUCGGGCAGAGGGGAGGGGAGGAGGUAGGAGAGGAAUGAGAGGGAGGGGGUUUGGGAGAAGGGAGGGAACUGGGUUGGGGAGGGAGGGAUUGAGGAGUGGAAGAGAAGAAGACGGAGGAGAAGAGGAAGAAGAAGAGGAGGCAAGCGUACAGGGGAAGGAUGGGAAGGAUGAGAUGGCUGUAGGAGAGGGGGUUGCUGGGAACGAUAGUGACUUGGAGGAUCAGGAAGGGGCAGGAGAUGAGGUGGAGAUGGGGGAGGUGAGAGAAGCGGACAGAGGAGGGGUUGAUGGGGUGGAAAAUGGUGAUUUUGUUCUUGGUGAUUCGGGAAUGGGGGAUGUGAAAGGGGAUAUGGAGCGAGAGAGGUUGAUGGGUGCACAGGCAGCAGCAGGGAGAGGGGUGGAAGGUGGAGGAGAGGGGGGAAGGGAUGGGGGGCUAGGAAAGGGGCUUAUGAGCGUGAGCUGGCAGCAGGCUCAGGCGCUGCUGCUAACGCAAGACACAGCAGCUGCAGAUGACGAGGGGGAGGAGGGCGAGGGAGAGGCGGGAGAGGGAGAGGGGGAAGGGGAGGAGGGGGUUGAAGAGGAGGGAAGGAAGGAGGAGAAGCACGAGGAGGCGGCAGAUGCAGGAGGGGGAGGAGAAGGAGAAGGAAGAGUAGGGAGAGGAGGAGAAGGUGGGGAUUCAGCUGGGGGCGUAUUGGACGGGAGAGCAGGGCGUGGGUGGGGACGAGGAGGGAGAGGAGGAGGGCGGGAGGGGAUGAGAACGGCAGGUGGGGGGGGAGGGGGCGGUGGAACGCCUGGGAGGGGACAGGGACGGGGAAAGAGUGAGCAAGGGCUUAUGGAACGAGGAGGGGUUGGAGUGAGAUUGAGGAGAGUGGAGCAUGGGGGAGGGCAUGGGAAUGAGGUGAAGGAGGAAGCGGAUGGGGAGGAGAAGGAGGGGGAGAGGGUGGUGAAUCGGCUUAGGCCCAGGCGGUCUGCUGUGGUGGUGGUGGAAGGCAGGAGGAAGCAGGAGGGUGGGUCUGCUCACGGUGCUGCAACGGGUGCUGCUCGUGGUGAUUGUAAGGAGGGAGUGGGUUCGCCUUUCGCUGCUGCUCAAGCUGCUCUUCGUGCGGCUACUGGUGCUGCUGCUGCUGCUGCUGCUGCUGCUGGUGUUGCUGUGGGGAGCGCUGGUGCAGUGGACGAGGGAGUGAGGCAAGGGGCGGGUGGAGUGGAGGGUGUGUUGAGGCAGCUGCAGCUGCUGCGGCAGGAGAGGGAGCUGUCUCCUGUUGUGGAGGAGUUGGAAGAUGAGCAGUACUGGGAGUGGUGGGGGGGCGCGGAGGGAGAGGAGGAUGAAUGGGACGAGGAAGGAGAGGUGGGCGAGGAGGGCGAGGAGGGCGAGGAGGGAGAGGAGGGAGAGGAGCGAGAGGAGGGAGUGGAGGGAAGCAAAGGAGGAGAGAUCAGCAGAGGAGAGGGAGGAAGGGAGGGAGGAGAUGAGGAGGACGAAAGGAAGGAGGGGAAGUUGAUGGAGGGAAGGAGGGUGGAGGUGGAGGAGGGAGAGAGUGGGAGGAAGAAUGUAGUGGGUAAGGGGGUGAAGAACCGGGGAGUGACAAGCAGUAUCAGACUGGUUAGUGGGUAUGACUAUCACCGUGGGGGGGAGGUGGAAAGAGAGGGGAAAGGGGAUGGAGGGCGGGGGAAGAAGAAAGGCGGGGCUAAGGCUAAGGCUAAGGCGAGAAAGACUCUGAGUGCAGCAAGGAAGGCGCAGAAGAGGGGGAAAGGGGGAAGGUUCGUGAAGAUGGGGGAGGGGGUCGGCGCGGGUGGUUCGAGUGGGAGGAGUGGAAGGGAGGGUGGUUCUGAGGAGGAUGGAAUGGGUGUGUGUGGGUUUGGAGAGGGGAGGAGCCGUGGCCGGAGGGGUAGGAGGGAGGAGGAGAUUGAGGAUGGUGGUGUGGUGGCUCUGUAUGGUGAUGCUGAUGAUGGUGAUCGUGGGGAUGGUGGUGAUGGUGAUGAUACAAGUGAUGAUGGGAGCGAUGACGUUGUGAUGGAAGGAGGUUCGAAAGCAGAGAGUAUGGAUGUUGAGGAGGUGAGCAAGGGGGGAGACGAGGAGGAGGAAGGCGCAGAGGAAGAGGAUGAGGAUGAGGAGGAUGAAGACGAGGAGGAUGAGGAUGAGGAGGAGGAAGAAGAAGAGGAAUCUGAGGAGGAUGAUGAUGACGCGGUGCCGCAGAGGGAGGAGACUGAGGAGGAGAGGCAGCGACGACUGGAGCAAGAGGAUUCAAUGCUGCUCAGAUACCUGCAAGUGAAGGACGCACGGGAGCGGCGGCGCAAGGCAGGUAUAAAUCGGCGGGUGCCGAAGCAGCAGCAGGAGCCGGUGCAGGCACGGGCGCACUGGGAUGCUCUAUUGGACGAGAUGGCCUGGCUGUCCAAGGACUUUGACAAGGAGCGGCGGUGGAAGGCGGGGCAGGCGAGGAAGACUUGUGACUUUGACAAGGAGCGGCGGUGGAAGGCGGGGCAGGCGAGGAAGACGGGUGUGCGGGUGUGCCGGGCCAGAAAUGACCUGGAGCUACGCGGAGAGAAGAAGCUCAAGGAGGAGGAGCAGCGAGUGCGGCGGGUGGCGAGCGGUAUAGCCAAGGAGGUGAAGCGGUUCUGGAUGAAGAUUGAGAAGCUGGUGGUGUACAAGCACGAGCUGCAGGUAGAGGAGAAGAAGAAGAAGGCCCUGGAUAAACACCUGGACUUUCUCCUGGGGCAGACUGAGAGGUAUUCCUCUCUUCUAGCCGAGAACCUUGCUGCUGACAACGAGGAGGGAGAGGAGAGAGAGGAGGGGGAGGUGGGGGAGGAGGGGGAAGAAGGGGAGGAGGGGGAGGAGGGAGAGGAAGAUAUGGAAGGAGUAGAGGUUGAGGAGGGAGGCGAGAGUGAUGUGGAGGGAGAUGCAGGGGAGGGGCACGAGGGAGGGGAAGAAGAGGAGGAAGAAGAAGAAUUGGAGGAGGUGGAGGAAGAGGGGGAAGAGGAGGAAGUGGAGGGAGAGGAGGGAGAGGAGGACGAGGUGGAGGAGUGGGAAGAGGUAGAGGAGGGUGAAGUGGGAGAGGAGGGAGAGGAGGAAGAGGAAGGUGGGGCAGUGGGUGCGGAUGCAGAGCGGGAUGAGGAGGUGGAAGAGGAGGCAGGGGAGGAUGAGGAUUUUAGAGGGGGGAGUGAUGAGGAGAUGGAGGAGCAGCGCCGGCAGGAGGAGUACGAGCGGGAGAUGAUGCAGGAGGAGGAGGAGGUGGGCGAGGAGGAGAGGGAGGCGGAGCUAGCAGCGCUGGCAGACGAGAUGGACCAACCCCUGGACCGCAUUCUGGCGACAUACCAACGUGAGUUACCCCACCCCACUGCACUGCUCAAAAUAUGGGACCUGUCAAGGCUAGCAGCGCUGGCAGACGAGAUGGACCAACCCCUGGACCACAUUCUGGCUGCUUACCAACAAGCUCCAGAACUGCCACUAGCAGCGGCAGCAGCAGGGGGAGCGGAGGAGGAUGAGGCAAGAGGAGAAGAAGAGGGAGAGGAGUCUCGUGCUGAUGCUGCAUUGGGUGCACGCGAGGGGAAAAUAGCACCAGGAGCGGAAGAGAAAGGCACAGCAGAGGACGCAGUAGCAGGAGGGGCGGAAAGCAAGGGAAGCGCGGCAGCAACAGGGGCACAGAAAUCGCUGCAUGUGCUUCCUGCACUAACACCUGAAGCACCAGCAACAGUUUCAGCCGCGUCACCACCACCACCACCACCACCAGUGGCGGCGGCGGCGGCAGCAGCGGCAGUAGCAGCACGGGGGGAUUUGGCAGUGCCGCCGCUGGUCCCUGCUGCUGCUGACGAUGAUGACUAUAACCCGUUGGAAGAGGGGCAGGUGAGGCCUCUGGUGAACGAGCUGCAGGGUGAGAGUGAAUUGCCUCUGGAGGAGAUUCUGCGGCGGUACAAACAGAACCUGGAAGGGAGGAGCAACGAUGCAGAGAGAGGGAGGAAACAUGAAGAUUCCAGAAAAGAGCAAAAGGUGAAGGAGGAAGCAGGGGUGGGGAGGGAGGGGGGGAUGGAAGCGGGUGUGGAGAAGGGAGUUGAGGCUGUGAGUGGUGCUGAGGGGAAGGAGGAAGUGGAGAGAAAGCAGGAAAGAGUUGCAGUGAAUGCAGAGGGAAGAGGAGACGUGGUUAUGGUGCGAGGGGAUGGGGGUGGGGGUGGGGGUGGGGGUGGGGGUGGGGAAGCAGGGGAGGAGGGUCGCAAGAGAAGAAAGGUGAGCUUCGCAGUGGGGGUGGAGGAAAAAGAAGGGGGGAGUGUGCUGGCGGAAGGAUUGGGAAAGGCAGAGCAGGUGGGGGGGGAGAGUGGGGGGGGAGAGGGUGUUGGGGAGGUGGGGGGGAGCAUUGCAGCAGAGGCGGAAGGGAAGGAGGAAGAGGAGAAGGAGGAAGAGGAGAAGGAGGAAGAGGUUGGGCGUAAAGAGCAUGGGGUGGGAAAAGGGAAGGAAGCGGAGGAGGAAGGGGGAGAAGAGGGGGAGGGAGAGGAAGGGGAGGAGGAGGACGACGACGACGAAGCGGAUGCAGGGGAGGAGGCGGAGCGCAGGCGCAAGGGAAAGGGGAAGGGGAAAGCGAGUGAGGAGGAGCAGUGGAGGGACGCAGCAGCCGCUGCAAGCGCAGCACAGCCCACCGGCCACACCAUGUCCACAACCAAAGUCAAAACCAAGGUCCCAUUCCUGCUCAAGCUCCCCCUCCGCGAGUACCAACACAUCGGCCUCGACUGGCUGGUAACCCUGUACGAGAAGAAGCUCAACGGGAUUCUCGCGGACGAAAUGGGGCUGGGGAAGACGAUCAUGGCGAUUGCACUCCUGGCGUAUCUAGCUUGUGAAAAAGGCCAGUGGGGCCCGCAUUUAGUCGUUGUGCCGACGUCGGUGAUGCUCAACUGGCACAUGGAGCUCAUGAAAUGGUGCCCUGCGUUCAAAGUCCUCACGUACUUCGGGUCCGCGAAAGAACGCAAGGCGAAGCGGCAGGGGUGGAGCAAGCCCAACUCGUUCCACGUGUGCAUCACCACGUACCGGCUUGUUGUCCAAGACGCGAAGGCUUUCCGGCGGAAGAAAUGGCGGUAUCUGAUUCUCGACGAGGCGCAUCUGAUCAAGAACUGGCGCUCGCAGCGCUGGCAGACUCUGCUGAAUUUUAAUGCGAAGCGCAGGAUUCUGAUCACGGGCACGCCGCUGCAGAAUGAUUUGAUGGAGCUGUGGGCGCUCAUGCAUUUCCUCAUGCCUCAUGUGUUCCAGUCGCAUGCCGAGUUCAAGGACUGGUUCUGUAAUCCCAUUACGGGGAUUGUGGAGGGAGGGGGGGCGGGCGGAGCGGCAGGAGGGGCAGCCCAGGGGUCGGCCGCAGGGGAGGCAGGAGGUACGGCGGCUGGUGCUGCUGCUGCUGGCGGUACUGUGGUUGCAGCAUCAGCAGGAACAACAGCCGGAGCAGCAGCAGGAGGAGCGGCGGCGGCAGGAGCAGCGGCAGACACAGGCAUGGCAGGGAACCCUGAGGUGAUCGACCGAUUACACAACGUGCUGCGGCCAUUCCUUCUCCGCCGUCUCAAAUGCGACGUGGAGCGAUCCCUCCCUCCAAAGUACGAGCACGUGGUCACAUGCCGGCUCUCCCGGCGCCAGCGGCAGCUAUAUGAAGAGUUCAUGGCUCGCUCUGACACGCAGGCGACUCUGGCGAGCGGGAAUUUCCUCGGGUUGAUCAAUGUGCUGAUGCAGCUGCGGAAGGUGUGUAAUCACCCGGAUUUGUUCGAGGGCCGGCCGAUUGUGUCGUCGUUUGAUAUGAGCCCGCCGCUCGUGCUGCCGCUGCCGUCGCUGGUGGUGGGGGUGGGUGCGGGGGGGGGUGGGGUCGGGAGGGCGAUGCUUGGGGCUGCUGCGCUGGGGGCGAGAGGAGGGGGGGAGAGGUGGGGGGUGGUGGAUAGCUGGUGGGUGCGCGGGGAGGGAAUGGGAAGGAGGAGUGUGCAGGACUGGACAGGGUGGGAUGGUGCAGAGGAGGAGGAGCAAGAGGAGGAGAGAGAGGAAGACGAGGAGGAAGAGGUGGAUGGGGUAUUUGAAAUUGGGAGGGAAAGGAAGAGGAGGAGUCUGGGUUUUGGGAAACGGAGUGGAAGAGGGGAAGGUAGGAGGUGGAGGGGAUGGGGGAGUCUGGGGUCCGGGCAGUGGAGGGGAGGAGGAGGAGCAGUGGGAUAUGAAGACUUGAAGUGUUUGGGUUUGGUGCGGACGGUUUGGGAUAGGAGUAUGGCCAUGUGGGAAGCGGAGGAGGUAGAGAGGCUCGCUGCUCCUCCUGUUCUUAUCGAGGAGAUUGGGAUGAGGACGGUGAGGAGGGAAGAGGAGGAGGAGAUGGAGCAGGACGAGGAGGAUAUGACAACGCUGCUGAUAGCAGCUGCGGGUGAGGAGGAUGGCGAAGAGGGAGAGGAGGAGGAGGAUGAGGAAGAGGAGGAAGGGGAGGUGCGAAGUGGGGACGACGAAGAGGAGGAUGGAGGGGACAGUAUAGGGAGUGACGACGAGAGGGAGAGUGGGGAUGAGAUGGAGAUUGACGGAGGAAGGCGGCGGCAUGGAGAAGGAGGGGAUGGUGGUAAUGCAGGGAAGAACCGUAAAAAGAGGAGCUUGAAAUCUGGAGGACAAAGGGAGGGAGGACACAGGGAGGGCAAGGGCCGGAAAGGGACAGGCAGCAGCAGAAGCAGUCGAAAGGGCAGCAGUGGUGGUGGUAACGAGGACGGGGGGAGGGCGGGGAAAGGAAGAGGGAGGGUGCGAAAGCUGAUGGGGUUACUAGAAGAAGUACAAGCACGGGUGCAGGCGAGGAAGAGGCAGUGGCAGAAAGAAGCCCUUGCUCUCACCGCUGCUCUCAGCUUCGCCCGCUGCCGCCACCAACGACCUGUGUUCGGCACAGAUGCUAUCAGCCUGCUCUCUCUCCCGCACCCCACCCGCCACGCCCAUGCUCUGGCUGCUAACCCUAAUUCUGCUCUCUCCCUGCCGUCCUGUCUCACUCGAUACUCCUCCCUGCUCACCCGCCCUCUCGUUACACUCGUCUCGCCUCUCGAACCUUCCGGGAGCGGUCCAGAAGCGUUUCUGGCAUUACACGGGCACACGUACAUGAGACUGGACGGGUCGACGGGCCCGGAGCAGCGGCAGAUUCUGAUGCAGCGGUUCAACACGGACCCGAAGAUAUUCGCGUUUAUUCUGUCCACGCGGUCGGGUGGUGUGGGGAUCAACCUGGUGGGAGCUGACUCGGUGAUCUUCUAUGACAGUGACUGGAACCCGGCCAUGGACCAGCAGGCACAGGAUCGGUGCCACCGCAUAGGGCAAACGCGGGACGUGCACAUAUACCGGCUUAUAACGGAGAGCACAAUAGAGGAGAACAUUCUGAAGAAGGCGAACCAGAAGCGGCUGUUGGACGACCUGGUGAUUCAGAGCGGUGGAUACACGACUGACUUCUUUAAAAAGGUUGAUCCCAUGGAGCUAUUAGGAGGCAUUCCCACUCCUGCUGCUGCUGGUGCUGCUGCUUCCGGUGCCGGUGCUGGUGGUGCUGGUGCUGGUGGUGCUGGUGCUGCGGCUGGUGCUGGUGGUGGUGCUGCUGCUGCUGUCGCUUCUUCUAGUGCUGCUUCUGCUGCUUCUGCUGCUGCUCCUUCGCCCGCACUGAGAGAUAUGGAGGCAGCACUGAGGGAUGUGGAGGAUGAGGCGGAUGUGCUGGCAAGGAGGCAGGAGGAGGAGGAGGCAGCUGCUGAAAUGAGAGAGUACGCGAUGCGGUUCUACGAGCUGUGGGACCCGGUGGUGGACAAGCAGGACGUGGCUAGCACUCCAGCCCACUGCAACAAAGCCUA